AUGUCUGAUAAGGAAGGCGUGGAGGAUCCCAAAGUUAUCUCUGUUGGGUCUUUUGAAGACUUAAGGUCUUACUUUGAUCAAACAUUUUCACAUUUAAAGCGUGAGCUUUCUGAUGAUCAACUCAAAUCGUCUUCAUCCUUGGUGAAGAAACUUAAGACCGAAACGAACUUAAGCUUCAAGUUUAGCGGCAACAAGAAGCAGUUCGAGUUUAAUACUGAGACUUUGGAACACGUCACUCGGAGUCUUUCUUUUGUCGAUUCGCUGAAAUCUCUGGUCGAUCUUGAAAACUCUGAGAAUCAUCAAGUUUCAGCGCUGAUUCUUAAGCUCGACGACUCUGUCAACGUUGCUUCGAAGGCCAUAAAACGAAGAAAGAAGCUCACCACAAUAGCGGAUAAAUCGGAAGCGGGCUGGGCCGCAGUUGAUGAGUAUCUUUCUGACGAAGUCGCUUCCGGUUCUGAAGACCAAAACAAGACCCGCGCUGCCGAGCAGAGAGCGUUGCGAAAGAAGAAGAACGCUCGCAGUGCGAAGUUGGGACAGAAGUUGAGUAUUUUAUCUGUUAUUUUUAUUCGUUUCCUUUGCCCGUUCUUUAUUUUCUUUAGCGUUUAGGAGGUCGUAUUAUACCACUGCCGACCUAUUCCUCCUAUACAAUAAACUCGUUAUUGUGUACUAUUUGCAUGUGUGUGGUUCAUUAUUACAGAGUUUAGAGCAUAAAUAAGUUAUUUUCGUUACGCAGUUUAGAAAAUAAAUGUUUUUAUGCUCGGUGCGUUGGGAAUUAUGCGUGCGAAUGGAGGUUACGUAAAGCGUACCGCAUUCAGGCGUGUUCAUCACGCUUAUUGUUGGGUUGUGUUUAAAUACGUUCACCACGUGUUGUGCUCUUACUUUAGGUCAUUUCAGUGGGUGUAAUCGACCGUCACUUAGUUUCCUCUUUCUUCCUUUUUUCUUUACAGGUCAUUCAGCGUCCAGAGACUUCCUCGGGGUUUUCAUCGGCUGGCUCCUCUAUCACUCCAAGAAAUUUUACUAAUUUUCGUCCUCAAACGUCAAAGGGCGCCUUUGUUAAAGGCCGUUAUGACAUCUGCUUUGCCUGCGGCAAGACCGGCCAUUGGAGAGCAAGUUGCCCCAACUUAUUCUUCACUCCCGGAUCAACCUACAAACAGAUCCAACACUUGUCAAGUAAAGACAGCGGUUCUUCUGGGCAGCAGUAGCUCCAUUGCUGAUAGUAAACCAGUUAAAGAAACUCUUGAAGGUAUUUUUGACGAAGGUCCAGCUUUAGAGGAGUGUUUUGAAUUUGAGAAUUCUCCCAAUAGUAUUCAAUCGGUUAAGGGUAGGCUUAAAGCUCAUUUUAGUUUUUGGGCGGAUGUGUUAGGUGCAAAUGAUUUCAUUCUCCGGGUUAUUGACAAGGGGUAUGCCAUACCCUUUAUUACAUUUCCUUAGAAUGCGUUUUUCGACAAUAACCAUUCAGCACUUACGCACGCUGAUUUUGUUUUGAAGGCUAUUCAAGAGCUUGUUUUGUCAGGUUCAGUUGUUCAAGUAUCUAGUCCUCCUCAUGUUGUCAAUCCCUUGUCUGUUUCCGCACAGAGCUGCGGCAAGAAGAGGUUGAUUUUAGAUCUCAGGCAUGUCAAUAAACAUAUUUGGAAAGAAAAGUUUAAGUUUGAGGAUAUUAGAAACGCUUGUGUUUAUCUUCCUUCCGAUCAUAUGUUUAAAUUUGAUCUCAAAUCUGGCUACCACCAUAUUGAUAUUUUGCAGGAACAUCAAACUUUUUUAGGGUUUUCUUGGGUUGUUAAUGGCGUAAGGAAGGUUUUUGUGUUUACAGUUCUCCCUUUUGGGCUGUCCUCAGCUCCUUAUAUUUUCACUAAGGUUGUUCGUGUUCUCGUCAGAUAUUGGAGAAGUCAUGCUGUGAGAAUAACAGUUUACCUUGACGACGGGAUUGGUUCCGCCCGUGAUUUCGCUCGCUGCGAAGAUGCUUCAUUAUUUGUUAAGACUUCGCUUCAGCUUUCUGGUUUCCUGCCUAAUGACAGUAAAUCGAUUUGGCAACCAACUUCUUGUUUAGUCUGGUUGGGUUAUUGUAUUGAUUUAGCCGUUCAUACUAUUUCCAUUCCUUCAGUUAGGAUUCUCAGUGUCGUACAGGUUAUUGAUUCAAUUGGUUCCCAGUAUCCCUCUAGUACUGCUAGAAAAUUGGCUCAGUUUGUCGGUAAGGUUAUCUCUAUGGGUUUUGUCUUUGGUAACAUUACUCGUAUUAUGACAAGGUAUUCUCAUUUUGAUAUUUUAAGAGGCCCUACAUGGGACGAAAGAAUUUCCCUGUCGGGUUCAACUCUGAAUGAAUUAUGUUUUUGGAAAGAGAACAUUCCUUCCCUAAACAGUAGGCGCCUCUUGUCUACACAGUUCCAUUAUUCCCGUGUGUGUUAUUCCGAUGCGAGUUCUACAGGCUGCGCCAGUUAUAUGUUAGAUCUUCACAACACCAUUUCUCACAAGUUAUGGAGUGUUGAUGAGGCGCAGAAGAGCUCCUCUUACAGGGAACUUAAGGCCUUUUCCCUGGUUCUAGAAUCUUUUUUGCCUUUACUUAAGGGGCACACUAUUAAGUGGUAUACUGACAAUCAGAGUGUUGCUAGAAUCGUUGAAGUAGGAAGCAUGAAGGAAGAUUUGCAAUGCUUAGCUUUGCGUAUUUUUAGUAUGUGCUUGCUCAGUUGCAUUGCAUUGGAAGUUGAAUGGAUUCCGAGAUCGGCCAAUGAUAGAGCUGAUUUUUUGAGCAGAAUUGUGGAUUAUGAUGAUUGGCGGGUCAACAGGGACUAUUUCCUUUUGGCCGAAGAGAAAUGGGGUCCUCACUCUGUGGACCGGUUUGCGAAUCAUGAGAAUACUCAGUUGCCCCGUUUUAAUAGCAAGUUUUGGUGCCUUGGUACAGAGGCGGUUGAUGCCUUCCACCCCAUUUUGGCCUUUAGUUUUUACUGACGAGGGUUUGUCUCCCAUAUUCUCUAAUAUUUUCGAGAUCCCCUUAGGUACUGAUGUUUUUGUUUUGGGUAAAAACAAAAAAUUUUCGUUCAGGGGUUUUGUUCUUGCGGUUUUCCUAGAGAGGUCUUAGUUAACCCCCCCUUUUUCAGACUUGUAGGGGGUUUUUCUGCAGUUUAUAGAGUUCUUACGCUGAUACCACAUGGUAUUCGAGUAUUGUGGGAUGCACUUGGAUCCUUGUUUUUGUGGACCAAUUGGUCUUUUUUAUUACGCAAGGGCCACUUUGGCCCUUAGUGGUAAUAUUUUUCUGUGUUUUUCUUGGGACCACUUGGACCCAACCUUACCUUGUUUCACUACGUGUUGUAUUUUUCUGAUAUAUUUUUUCUUUGGUCUUUUUUGUCAUUUUAUUUUUUCUAUUUUUUGCUUCAGAUGUUAAAGCAGCUGCCAGUCGGACGUUUGGCGUUUUACUUUGUGAGAAGUUUUGGCUCUCUGCCUUUAAUUCUCGAGCUGAUAAUACAGUUAUUAAUUAUUGUAAAUCAUUUUGUAAGUUUAAAGCGUGGUGCUUGCAGAGCACUGAGAAGGUUUCUUUUCUCCCAGCUACUUCUUUCACAGUUUCCAUGUAUUUGCAUCAUUUAUUAGAAAAUUCGUUUGGUAGUUCCACCAUUUACGGCGUUUUUUACGCUAUUAACUGGGUACAUAAGUUAUCAGGUUUUGAGAAUCCCAAUCCGUGUGACAACUUUCUCGUCAGGUCUAUUGUUGAGGCUUCCAGUCGUGCUCCUCGUAAACCUCUCUGGAAGGCAGAGCCCAUUACCCCAGAGAUCCUUGGCUUAAUUUUGCGGCAUUAUGGGGAAAGUAGUAACUUACUUGAUAUCAGGUUUGUCUGUAUGUGUUUACUCGCAUACGCUGGCUUUUUCCACAUUUCCGAGCUUUUAAGCAUUAGGAGAUCUAAUAUUGUAACUGAAGAUCUCUAUCAUAAGAUUUUCUUAGAAGUUAGCAAGACUGAUAGGUACAGAGAGGGUUCCUGGGUUUAUAUUGCCAAGACUGGCAAUUUUACUUGCCCUUAUACAUACCUUAUUAAGUACUUAGAAGCUGCCAGGAUUCCUUCUUUUUCUCAGAAUUUCAUUUUCAGAUCCUUACGGUACGGCAAGAAUUUGAAGGGCAAUGUCUUGUCUUCAAAGCCCCUCACUGCUAGCAGGGCGGGAGAAAUUCUUAAGGAGAAGCUGAAAGCUAUUGGAUUAGACCCUUCUAAGUUUAGUAGUCACAGCUUUAGGUCCGGAGGAGCUACUUCUGCUGCCAAUCUGAAUGUUCCAGAUCGGCUUUUCAAAGUUCACGGAAGGUGGAAGUCAGGUUCAGCUAAAGACGGCUACGUCCACGAUAAAGUCGACUCGCGUCUUUAUGUUCCUUUGCACAUUGGAAUUUAA